UCGGCGGGGUGGCCGUCAGGCGGUCGGCUGAGGAGACGGCGGGCGGUCAGCGCCGGGAGCCGGGUUACCAUAGGAACGGCGGCCCGGGGGUCGGGAGGUCGGGCCUGAGGCCUUCCCGCAAGAUGAGCGGGUGGGAUCCGGGCCAGGAGUUCAUCCACCGGCUGCCCGCCGCCGUCAUGCACCGGUUCUGCUCGGUGAUGGACUCGCUGGACAGCGCCGACUGGGGCCGCUUCGCUUCCUACAUCGUCAGCGACGUGACUGACCUGAGGCUACUGGAGAUCCGGGGGGACGUGGGUCGGACGCAGAACGUGAUGUGGUACUGGAUGAACCGAAAUGGAACUGUGGGUCAGCUGUUGCAUGUUCUGACCAGCCUCAACCUGUGGAGAGCCAGAGACAUCAUCCUGUCAUGGAGACCUCCGGUCCACCCACCGUGGCCCAACGCAGCGCCCGCCAGGCCAAUUCCGUACUUGCCUGCAGCAGAGCCCCUGUCCGCGGCCACUCCGCUGUCCAGUCGACCGAACUCCGAGAAGAGUUUCAACGGCAAGCUGAGUGACAGGGAGACGGUGACCUUUGAUUCUCCCGUUCCUUCCAAAUCAGUGCCGAAGAAUGAGCUUCCACGCCCAUCCACUCCUCCGGACAGCUUGUUUACAGAUCCUAGCAAGGACCCUCCAGUAUCUCGGCCCAUGUCCCCGCCCUGCGUGAGGAAGAACGUGUUCCACUGGCCACUGAGCGAACUCAAAAAUGGCACUCACAAUUUUGCGGAGAGGCAGAAGAUCGGUGAAGGGGGUUUCGGCUGCGUUUACCACGCAUUAAUGCGUCACACCGAGUAUGCUGUCAAAAGACUGAAAGAGGAUUCUAACUUGGACUGGAAGACGGUGAGGGAGAGUUUUUACACCGAGCUGGAGAAGCUUUAUCAGUACCGACACCCGAACAUCAUGGAUCUGGCCGGAUGCUGUGUGGAGGAUGGGGUCUACUGCUUGGUGUACACCUACAUGUCAAAUGGCUCCCUGCAGGAGCGCCUUCAGUGUCAGGACGGCACGCCCCCGCUCUCCUGGCUGCGGCGGCUGGAGGUGCUGCUGGGGGCCGCCCGCGCCAUCCAGUUCCUGCACGGCAGCACCCCCAGCCUCAUCCACGGCGACGUGAAGAGCUCCAACAUCCUCCUGGAUGAGAACUUCGUUCCCAAGCUGGGGGACUUUGGUCUGGCUUGUUUCAGCCGAUACUCCAACACCUCCGGCAAGAGCUGCACGGUUGCUCGGACCCGGACGCUGCGGGGGACAUUGGCAUACCUGCCAGACGAGUACAUCAAGAGUGGCCAGCUGGCGGUGGAGCUCGACACCUACAGCUUCGGUGUGGUUCUGUUGGAGAUCCUGACCGGAAGGAAGGCUUUGGAAAAUGAAGGAUCGGGAAAGUACGAGUAUCUGAAAGACAUCAUCGAGGAGGAAGAGGAGAAAGAGGACGAGGAGGAGAGCGCGGGGCGGACGGACUCGGCCGUGGCGAGGGGUAGGCGGGUGGCUGCCCGGGUCUGCCGGAGACACCUGGACCAGAGGGCAGGAGCCUGCCCCCAGGAGGUCCCCCUCCAGCUCUGCAUGUUGGCCACCGAGUGCCUCAACCACAAGAGGAAGAGGAGACCAAAGAUGACCAAGGUCUAUGAGAAGCUGGAGGAGCUGAGGGACGCCCUUCGGACGCCGUCCCGCCAGGAGGCGCCCCUCUCCCUCUCCGCCAGCUCGGACGGGGACGGCUGUGUGUCGGAGCUGUCGGACCGGCUCCAGCGCGGCUCGCUGAGCCCAGUGCAGAACACCUACCGCUUCGGCGGGGACUCGGGUGACAGCGGCACCGCCCCCCACUGGCAGCCUGCGCCAGACACGCCCUUCUCUGCCGGCGGCUCGGACCUCUGCUCCGCCCUGGAGGCCCUGGCAGCCUGGCGACCCCCUCCUGGCGGGCUCCGCCAGCCGGUGGAGAGCGAGGAGAGCUCCACUGACCACGGCGGGGGCAGCUGCUGGGGGGGUCCAAGCGGUGCCGGCUGGAGCUGUCAGAUGGGGAUGGAGACGGCGGCCCCGGUCCCGGCCCCUCCGCUGACAGACUCACCCUGCUGGCCGCCCAGCGGCGUGUCCUGGCCCCCGGUCUCAGGAGAUCCCCGCGGAGCGCACACCUCCCUGUCGGCGGACUCCCAAGCUUCGUCCUUGCCGUCCCGGCAGAUCGUGGUCAACCCAGCCAAGCAGAAGAUCCUGCAGCAGUUAGCACUUUACAACGCGGGGCAGAUUGACAGCAGUGAGCUGCUCUCCUCUGCACCAGGGCAAGAGAGCGGGUCCUGGGUCAGUCGGCGAGCCCCGGAGGAGAGUGACGAAUUCAACUGAGGGAAGGCCGGCCACUUCUCACUCCGUGGGUCUGGGACCACCCCCCACCCACCCUGCCGAGACCCCCAUACCCACCCCCAGCCCUCCACUGAGACAGGUGGUGGGUCGCUGGGACCGUCCCCGAGGAGGCAUGGAGGAUCGGGGCGGGAACCUCGCAGACCCCUCUCCCGCCGGACUCUCGCCUGCCAGCGGGGGGACCCACCCACCCACCCCCCCCCCAGGUUCGGGGAGGUGGUCUGUGCUCCCCCGCCAGAGGCGUCGGAUACCCCGACCCGUUCCCCGUGUCGUGCAGACCCACGACUCGGCGACCGA